ACGCAGAAGUUGCAUUGAAUGCCAGCAGCAUGAAAGGCUCAUGGAUACGAUGCUCCUCCUCUCUUUGCACUGUGCUAACCAACCCCUUCUUCUCCUUCCACCACUUUUCCUUUGGUACGAGCCUUUCUGUCGUGUCGGUGGAAAACAACAUGGCAGACCUCUCUGGCCAAUCCGACGGAGGAAGCGACGGGAUCGUGAUUAGCGAUGACUGGCCAGGCUACAGUUUAGACCUCUUCAGUUAUCCGGCUCACUACUCUGGAGAUUUAGACUGUGUCAUCAUUCCACAUGGCGUCAUAAUGGACAGGACAGAACGCCUCGCUCGAAACAUCAUGGACGACCUGGGAGACCAUGACAUCGUGGUGCUGUGCGUGCUCAAAGGAGGAUACCAGUUCUGCGCUGACCUGGUGGAAAGGAUCAAGGCUCUCAGCCGCAACUCCAGUAGAACAAUCCCAAUGAGGGUCCACUUCAUCCGACUCAAGAGCUACCUGAACGACCAGUCGACAGAGGAUCUUCACAUAGUCGGAGCAGAGGACUUGUCUUUUUUGGCUGGAAAGAACGUACUGAUUGUGGAGGCCAUUGUAGGCACUGGAAAGACAAUGAAAACUCUCCUGGAGCACGUUGAAGCCUUCAGGCCCAAAUUGAUCAAAGUAGCAGGAUUGCUUGUGAAGAGAGUGCCAUUCAACUCAGCAUGUCUUCCUGACUAUGUCGGCUUCGAGAUCCCCAAUCGUUUUGUGGUCGGCUAUGCCUUAGACUACAAUGAGUAUUUUAGAGACCUCAAUCAUAUCUGCGUGAUCAGCGAAAGUGCGAAGGUGAAAUAUAAGGUUUGAAUCGGGGCCGUAAAGGAGGCGACUGUUACACAGAUGUCAUCUCACAGCAAGCCGGAACAUUUUUCUUGUGAUGCCAUGCACUGACAGCUGCUACUGUGACAUCUGAUCUUGAACAUCCCUGUUUGUUUGUUUUUUUACAUUCCUUCUCUUAAUGUUUAACAGUUUUAACAUAAACAAGAUUUAUCUUUAGCAUCUUUUUUGUUUACAACUCUGAUUCACAUUGGACAUUCCGCGGCACUGUUACUGUCUUAGUCUUACUUCAUUUUGAUGCAAUUUUAAGAGUUUGAUCAUUUUGGUGAGAAUGAAUGUGAAAGCUUUUUUAGGUCAGUGUGUGAUGAGGUACUAGAGCAAACUGAGUGUUGUCUUCUUUCAAAACAAAAGGGAGUUGUUGUUUUUUUUUAUAAGGAAAUCAGUGGUAGAAUUGACAUUUUUCUUCACUUGUACAUUAUGUGCCUCAACUACCUCCUUUCAGUAUUUGAGGUUUAACAUAAAAUAAAGUGUUUUUAACAUUU